UGCAAUGGCAUUCUGACGUCUCUGUCCGGCUCGUUCUUCCUCCACGCCGCGCUGGGGGUUGCUGCUUGGUUGCGUGUGAAAGAUAUUGAAGUUUCUUCAUCGUUUGAGAAAGAAACACUAAAGGACGUUAAAAAUGACUGAAAGAAAAGGAACUGCAAAGCUGGACUACUUGCGGAAGAUAGAGAAGGAAAUCCAGCAGAAAUGGGAGGCGGAGAAGAUGUUUGAAUGUGACGCGCCGCCGGAGCAGAGCUCGCACAAGGACAAGUACCUAGUGACUUUCCCCUACCCGUACAUGAAUGGUAGACUCCAUCUGGGCCACACUUUCUGCUUGUCAAAAUGCGAGUUUGCAAUGGGAUACCAGCGUUUGAAAGGGAAGAGGUGCCUCUUUCCAUUUGGACUGCAUUGCACCGGAAUGCCAAUCAAAGCCUGCGCAGACAAGCUGAAGAGAGAGAUGGAACUUUAUGGCAAUCCGCCUCAGUUUCCAGAUGAUGAGAUGGAGGAGGAGAUCAAGCCGAAAGCAGAAGAUGAGAUCAUAGUCAAAGACAAGUCAAGAGGCAAAAAGAGCAAAGCUGUCGCCAAGUCUGGAGGAGCAAAGUAUCAGUGGGACAUCAUGAAGUCACUUGGUCUGCAGGACAGUGAGAUUGAGAAGUUUGCUGAUGCAGCCCACUGGCUUGACUACUUCCCUCCGUUGGCUGUUGAGGACUUGAAGAGCAUGGGCGUCAAGGUGGACUGGAGACGUUCCUUCAUCACAACUGAUGUCAAUCCCUUUUACGACUCCUUUGUAAAAUGGCAGUUCGUAACGCUGAAAGAAAGGAAGAAAAUCAAAUUUGGCAAACGUUACACCAUCUACUCUCCCAAAGAUGGCCAGCCGUGUAUGGACCAUGAUAGACAAACAGGAGAGGGUGUUGGUCCACAAGAAUACACUCUUAUUAAAAUGAAGAUCGUUGAGCCAUACCCUUCAAAACUGAGUGAGCUGAAGGGUAAGAACAUCUUCUUGGUGGCAGCCACUCUCAGACCAGAGACCAUGUUUGGCCAGACCAACUGCUGGAUCAGGCCAGAUAUGAAGUACAUCGCCUUUGAGACAGCCAGCGGAGACAUUUUCAUCUGCACACGGAGGUCUGCCAGAAACAUGUCUUACCAAGGCUUUACCAAGGAGAAUGGGGUGGUUCCACAGCUCAUGGAACUGCUCGGACAGGAUAUUCUUGGCUGUGCACUCAGUGCCCCUCUCACGUCCUACAAGGUCAUCUAUGCGUUGCCAAUGCUUACUAUCAAAGAAGAUAAAGGAACUGGAGUGGUCACCAGUGUUCCUUCUGAUGCACCUGAUGACAUUGCUGCUCUCCGGGAUAUAAAAAAGAAGCAGGCACUGAGGGAAAAAUAUGGAAUCAAAGACGACAUGGUUUUGCCAUUUGAACCGGUCCCCAUCAUUGAAAUUCCCGACUACGGAAACCUGUCAGCUCCCCUUUUGUGUGAUGAACUAAAGAUCCAGAGUCAAAACGACCGGGAGAAGCUGGCUGAGGCCAAGGAGAAGAUUUACCUCAAAGGCUUCUACGAAGGCAUCAUGUUGGUGGAGGGGUUCAGGGGUCAGAAGGUUCAAGAUGUGAAGAAACCCAUCCAGAAGAUGAUGGUGGAAAAGGGUGAAGCGCUCAUCUAUAUGGAGCCAGAGAAACAAGUGAUGUCACGAUCAUCAGAUGAGUGUGUGGUGGCCCUGUGUGACCAGUGGUACUUGGACUAUGGAGACAAAGAGUGGAAGCAGCAGGCCUCGGAUGUCCUGAAGCAGAUGGAGACGUUCUGUGAUGAGACCAGGAAAAACUUUGAAGCAACUUUGGCUUGGCUUCAGGAACACGCAUGCUCUCGAACCUACGGCCUAGGAACGCGGUUGCCGUGGGAUGAGCAGUGGUUGAUAGAGUCCCUCUCAGACUCCACUAUUUACAUGGCCUACUACAGUGUGGCUCACUUACUGCAGGGUGGUGUUCUGAACGGUCAGGGACCUUCCCCUCUUGGCAUCAGGCCAGAGCAGAUGACUAAAGAAGUGUGGGACUUCAUCUUCUUCAAGGAUGCACCCUUCCCAAAGACCAGCAUCCGCAAUGAGAGCCUUCAGAAACUGAGACAGGAGUUUGAGUACUGGUACCCGGUGGAUGUCCGUGUCUCUGGGAAAGACUUGGUACCGAACCAUCUGUCAUACUACCUGUACAACCACGUAGCCAUGUGGCCCAACGACAGCGGGAAGUGGCCGCAGGCUGUCCGAGCCAAUGGUCAUCUCCUUUUGAACUCGGAGAAGAUGUCCAAGUCCACUGGAAAUUUUCUGACCUUGAGUCAAGCAGUCAGCAAGUUCUCAGCUGAUGGAAUGCGCCUCGCACUGGCAGAUGCCGGCGACACGGUGGAGGAUGCCAACUUUGUGGAGGCGAUGGCCGAUGCAGGCAUUCUGCGCCUCUACGCAUGGCUGGAGUGGGUGAAGGACAUGAUCGCCAACCGGGACAGCCUCAGGGUGGGGCCCGCAGACUUGUUCAAUGACAGAGUCUUCAUCAGUGAAAUGAAUGCCGGCAUCAUCAAGACAGAGCAGCAGUACGAGAAGAUGAUGUACAAGGAGGCUUUGAAAAGCGGUUUCUUUGAAUUUCAGGCGGUGAAGGAUAAGUACCGGGAGCUGACCAUGGAGGGCAUGCACAGGGACCUUGUGUUCCAGUUCAUCGAGAAUCAGACUCUACUGCUGGCUCCGAUCUGUCCUCACCUGUGUGAGCACAUCUGGACACUUCUGGGCAAGCCCGGAUCCCUGAUGAACGCUUUGUGGCCUGUGGCCGGCCCGGUGGACGAGGUCCUUAUCCGCUCCUCCCAGUACCUCAUGGAGACCGCCCAUGACCUGCGGCUAAGGCUCAAAGCGUACAUGCAGCCGCCCAAGAGCAAGAAGGGUGACAACAAGCCUCCGGAGAAGCCGUCUCACUGCACCAUCUACGUGGCGAAGAAUUACCCCCCCUGGCAGCACAGCACCCUCAGCCUUCUGGGGAAACACUACAAGGCCAACGGGGGCAAGCUCCCUGACAACAAGGUGCUUGCAGGGGAGCUGGGUGCUCUGCCAGAGCUGAAGAAGUACAUGAAGAGGGUAAUGCCUUUUGUGGCCAUGAUCAAGGAAAACCUAGAGAAGAAUGGGCCACGAGUUCUGGACCUGGAACUGGAGUUUGAUGAGAAAGCAGUUCUUCUGGAGAACAUUGUCUAUUUAACAAACUCCCUAGAGCUGGAUCAGAUGGAUGUUGUAUUUGCUUCAGAAGCAGAUGAUAAAAUAAGGGAGGACUGUUGUCCUGGAAAGCCAUUCUGUGUCUUCAGAACAGAGCCUGGCGUUUCUGUGGUCCUGGUGAACCCUCAGCCAGGCAGCGGCCUCUUCACCACCAGGGUGGACAUCCGCCAGGGGGACACCAAGGACAGUGUUGUUCGAAGGCUUUCCAAAGUGAACAGAGUGAUCAAAGACCUGGCAAGAGUGAAGCUGAUGCGGUACGACGACCCGGUGCUGGGGCCCCGCCGGGUUCCCAUCCUGGGGAAGGAGGAAGAGGGCAAGUCCAUGAUCUCUGAUAACUCCACUUUCCAUGUAGACCUUGCACUGAGAAAGGUGCUCUUGACAGACAAUGGCCUCAGUGCGGAUGUGGGGAACACACUCAUCUACCUGGUCCAGUGAAGGUGACAGGACAUCCUCCUGCUGAGCACUGUGCCUGGAUUGAGUCACAUUACAGGUGGAGCCACUACACCUGUCCCCUCACACAAUCAUGUCAUGCAGGGAAAGAUUACAUGAGCAUUCAAAAGUAAUUCCUUUUGACAGUUUUGUCUAAGAACAUUAGUCUUUAAUUGUGCGUUAAGAACUGUCCUAAUUUUACUCUUUUCUAUAUGCUCAUAAAAGGUGUCGUAUAUAAUAAAAGCACUUGCUGUUGCA